AUGGUCCGAACCGUACGUGAGCCCAAUUCUACGACACCGCAUCUGUUGCGAGUAUCAACAUCAUCCGCCACCAGCUCAAGAGGGUCUUCAGGUGGUAGUCCCUCCCAGCCUGUUUUCGUCAAGAGCAAAACAGCUUGCCUCGCUUCGUCACCUAAAAGAAAUGGAUCAACAGCGAAGAAGAGAGCUGUGCUAGGCGAAAGAGAAGAGAACAUCGUGUCACCGUCUCAACCCAGUCCAAUGAAGUCAAAGUCAAAGCCUAAAUCUAAAUCCUCACUAACACCCCGACCCACCGACGAUUUCUCUCUCUCAGCACUAUCUCGAUUCGUCGCCCAGUCACCCACAAAUAGGCUGCCGACACCUUAUCGACAUGAUAUCACAUCUUCGUCGCCUAUCGGUCAAUCUCCCAAUCCCACUUUCAUUUCGCGACCCGGAUCUACACCAUAUGGACCCCGUCGAUCUGUACCUAUGCAGAUCAACAACAACGACGAUACGUUGCUGCUGAAUAUGCGACCACCAGAGAUGAAUUUUUCUUCUCCUGGAUCCGGUCUGACGGAUGAUAGUGAUGUGGAAGAUGUCAGAGGUGGUAUUUACGAAUUAGGAGGCCUGGUGACUCCUGCAAACAGUCAGGAAAUCUCAGUUGAUUCACCAAGUAAAUCUCAACCCAUCAGACAUCCAGUAGCUGCAGCCAGCAUCGCUCGCAAAUCCAUAUCUCGCCUGCCUACCCCUCCAUCAUCUCAAUCUGGAUCAUAUCCUAGCGCUCUUCCACCAACCCCGCAAGCAGGACCUUCUCGAAUAUCUUGUAUUCGAGCUAGACCAUCACCCACUCCUCCCCGACGAAUUGGCGCCGGACUAUCAGAAGUACUGGGUUUAGGGCAUAUAACGACUGAAUGGGACACUCCGCUUAGAUUGGGAGAAGAUGUCUCACCGAACCCCAGGAGAAAGAAAUCACCUAGGCUUUCUCAACCCGGUCAGACUCCCACUCGGGGCCAACCGGUACCAGUACAGUCAGGCGGAGUAGAAGUUGUCAGGCCAAUUCGAGAGAGGAGUAAUACUUCUUGUGCAUCCACAUCCAAGUCAACCACUCCAGCAACCUUGAGACCGAAAAGUAAAGGGAUAGUCAAAUCUAGGAUUCCAAAUCUGUCACCAUCCCAAUCUCAGUCCCAAACGUCUCGUAGAUCAAGUGGAGGAAAUAGAAAAUCAAGUGGAGGAUCGGCAAAAUCUACCACAACCCCUGCUGCUUCUCGUUCAACGAUUACAAAGAAGGUACCGUCAACUGCCCCAGUCGGACGAAGGAAACCUACUUCGCCCAAAACGCGCACCACGCCCACUUCUCAAAAUGAUAGACGAGCGUCCGUUCCAGCCAAUAGCAAUACGAUAACUCCUAAACCCCGAGGCAGGCGAUCUGUAGCUCAGACACCGAAGGAUGUAGCAUUGAGCGGUAGGAGGAUAGGAACCUUAUCUAGACCCAUCCAUGGCAGUCCAGGUGAUGAUCCGUUAUUACUCAAGGGUGAAGAAGGUGAUGAUUAUGAUAUUGGACAUAAUAUAAGGAAUGGAAAUGGAUUAUCAUUAUCUCUCAACAAUGGGAAUAAAAAUGAUAGACAGAUACCUGUAUCAUCACCGUUCACUUUCCGCCAGAAUGAAGAUCUUACGUUACUUCCUAUGGACUCACCGGGCGAGGGGUAUCUAGAUUUCGGAACUGGCCCUGCUUGGUCUGAUGAUGGCUCGGAUGCGGAGAUGGGAGGUAUAGGUGAAGAUACGUUUAUACAUAUGAAAUCAAAGAAAGAUGCUUCUGGAAAAUUGUUAGGUUCUUUAGGAAGAUUAGGUGAAUCUAUUUUGGAGGAGGAAGAGGAGGUUGAUAAGACUAUUGAAAGUUACAGCAGAGAUGGGAGGUCUUAUACCCCGAUUCUACCGCCAAGGGAUAAGGAACAACAUCAAUCAGUAGAAGAAUCUAUCUCAUCAGCUGUCAUUAGAUCAAGAUCAAGUCCUGCGCAGCAAGCAGCAGACAGCAACGAGGAGAGUAACAUGAUCGAGGAAGCGGGCGAUGUGACUCAAGAGAUGGAUGAUGAUAAUUGGGAGAUAUCAGCGGAGCAGAUCGAACCUACCGACAACAAUGAUGAUACUAUCACUAUUCAACCUCAGUUUCCCCAUGACAGAUCCUCGUCACCUGUCGCCGAUGCUGCUGAAGAUUUAGGGGAUAUAACGCAAGAGAUGGAAGGUGGUGAUUGGGAUAACACAGAAGAGGAUAUCGAAUUCGCCCGAGAUACUGAAGAUAAAUCCUCUUCUCAUACGCCUCAUGCGGAGACUGCUAUAGUCGAUGAUAAUCAUGAUAUGGAUCAGCAAUCGGAGAAAGAUUUUGGUCAUAUCGAAGAGCACGCCUUACGAAAAGAGCAGGAUCAAAAUCUAAAUCAAGUCGUUCAAUCUACCUUGCAUGAUGAACCUUCUUCUGCUGAUGAGGGAGAGGAAGAAGAAGGAAACAAAAUCGAAGAUGGAUGUGGUGAAACUUGGGAGAUAUCAGAAAACGACAUUACUCUUCCCACGCUCACAACCGAACAAUCCUUCACUCCAAAUGUACUAGAUGUCGCUCCUGUCCAUGAAGAGUUGGGAAAUGUCGAAGAUCCUCAUCAACAACCGGGUAUCUCGAAUGAACUUCUGGACAACAACAUACCAUCUCGGACUUCUUCAUCUGAUCAUGUUCCUUCGCUAGGUGAAAGUGAGGAAUUCGGGGAUGUUACUCAAGAUAUGGAUUCGCUGGAUUGGGAAGUUUCAGAGGAGGGUAUACAAGCUUCUCAACUUGAUAAUCAGGAACGAGCUCGCUCUCGAUCGGUGUCACCUCUGUUUAAGAGGCGGGUACAAGAAGGAACCAGUGAGAUUACCCAAAGAGAACUGACUAUCGAGACGCCCGUGGCUCAUCGAGAAGAGGAAGUAGAUCAAGAGGAAGAAUUUCUUGAGGCAGAUGCGCGAGCGCAUCAGCUCAUCGAGCCAUUAGAGGAGGAGAUGACAUUGAACCUGGACGCAAUAAAGGAGAUUGAGCAAGACGUUCAAGGUAAGUUAAGAAGUCAGGCCAAGCGGAGUGCUAUUACCGCUGAUCCAAUCUACCUUGUAGAUGCAGUGUCUGUCGCUUCCGCGAACGAAGAAGGAAACGUGAAAAAUCGUCGGGAGUCGGAACCUAUUGACACGGAAAUAUCCAGGUCGAACGAUAGACUCCAAUCACCCUUGAUUCCUGCCAUACAGAUCCCUACCGAAGUGACUCAACCUGUGGGAAACAUCAAAAUACUUCAAACGUCUACACCGUCCCCUUCUCCUGCUCCUGUACUCAGAUCAACUACACCUGUUCAUUCACCUCCUCCGACAACGAAUUACGAACCACCCUCUCUACGAUCACCUCCACCUCCCAGAUCACCUUUCGUGCUCAUUCACCAUCGAGGUGAUCUAACUUUCACACCCCGACCUGAAUUCUCCUACUCCAACUAUCGAUCACCAUCACCCUUACCUCCUCCCACACCUGUAUUCUCAGCUCAGGAAAGAGGUCAUGCGAUCUUGGAAGAGGCUGAUAGAGCUUUGAGCAGGUUAUCGAAAUUGAGGAGUCUGUCACCUUUUCCUGCAAUCACCAAACAAGAGGACCCGGGUGUCUCUCAUAACCCAGAAACGAUAGAGAAUGCUCGAGCUGAUGCAUCUGCAGAAGUCCUUCACCGAGACAUGUCCGUGCCAGCGCAGACAGUCUCACAAGAUGGCGACGGUAAUUCUCAUAACGUUGCUGAUGAUGUCGCUGCUCCUAACGCGACACGUGGCGAAUUCCAAGAUAGCUUACAAGAAGAAGAGGAGGAGGAAGAAGAUCAGGCAGCAGGAGAUGUCACAGCGGAAGCGGAUAAUUCCGCAUGGAAUCUUUCGGCUGAAGAAUAUGAAGUUCCUCUGAGGGAUAGGUCUGAUGGAGAAUCAGAGGAGGAGAACCGGGAGAAGGAAGAAGAACGAGCGGAGGAGACGGAAGACGAAGAUAAUUCAUUGGCGCAGGAGAAUGCUCAACAGUCCGAAGAAGCUUCACCUGAACCUGUCGAGGUACCGGAAAGGAUCGUCCUUCGUUUAGUGGAACGUGGAAUGAUCAAGUUAGAAGCUGAAUCCGACUCCGAAGAUGUGGUACAAGAUGUACCAUUCGAGUCUGAUAUCCCUCCUGUUGUAAGGCAGAGUUCAUCUUCUGCCUCACGUGAACGACCAUGUACACCGUCACGAGGACCGAGUGAGAUCAGGGCUAGAUCAACCACCCGGUCACCUAUUGCUGGACCUUCAACUCCAUCAGUCUAUCCUGCUCUAUCGACAACUCAACUCAACGUUGAUUUCACCACUCCCAAGACCGCUCCUCCACCUUCGGUCCUCCAAUCUGCCAACUCGACCACUCAAGUUGAGGGCGUCACUUCGCUCGAACGUACGCUCUUGCAUCGUGUCGGCACAUCAAAGCUCUCUCAACAGAUUGUACCUUCCUCGCGAACGACAGAAGAAGCAUCAUCUCCCGUUCUUCAGCAACAGUCUUCCCCCCCGAAUCUGGUGAACCGAGAAGAAGGUGAAGAAUCUGUAGUGAUCCGUAAACCCCGUCGAUCAUUGCAUGACGAGCUUGCUGCUGUUUCUGCCUCCGUAGCGGACGAUGAUCAUUUCGAUGGAGAAGGAGAUGAUUCGUUCAAAUCGGUAGUAGAAGUGUCUAGCUUGGAUCCGAAAGCGGCUGCUAGAGCUGCAGCGAUAUUGAAACUUAACCACGCAUAUAUCGAACAUGGUAUCUUACCGAGAUCUGAAGAAAAGGAUCUUGCGAUUUCCACCAAAUCAACCUCACAUAGCGAACGAGAAAAGAGGGAUUUACUGCAUGAAGCUGAAUUAGAAAUUGUUGAAUCUCAUCGAAGAUCCCGAUCCCGAUCUAGAUCGAUGAGCAUGAUGAGGCCUGAAAGGGAGAUGUCAAUUAUGAGCUUUAUGACUGAAGAUUAUCCUGUGCCAGGAGCAUUCGUCAAGACGCCUAGACCCGAUUCUAGAAAGGUAAUUUCGCCAAUGAAGAGGAAAAGAGAUCUUGUAUCUGUUCAUGAAACGAUUGAGAAUGAGGAUGAUACUCAAAAAAAGGAAGAAAGAUGGGGAGUGAAAGAGUGGAAGAGAUUGGAGAAGGUGUACAGGGCAGAGAAGGAGACAUGGAUAAAAGAAAGAGAAAUCAAGAAACUCCCCGUCACUGAAUCUCCGACAGCUUCGCCGAUACCUUCUAUACCUGGUGGACUCGUGGCUUGGGCUAGGAGAAGUACGUUUGGUACGCCCAAGGAAGUACACGUAAAGAAAUGGGAUAUUGAAAGUGUCGUGGACAACUUUUUGGACGAGGAAAAGAAAGAUGGAAGAAAUUGGGACAGAGAGAUGCUGGUAUUGAGAGUACAAGCUAUCCAAAGGAGAAUAUCGAAACUUGCCUCUUCGACUGCAUCCACAUCUACUUCCAUAGAUCUGCAAACUCCGGCUCUCAAGAGAAUCCGACCAAAUGUCCCUACUUUGCCUCAAACUCCGAUGAUGACCAAAUCAACGAAAGACGCUGUCGAACCGCCCUCAACCAUUAAGAGGAUGUUAGGUUUUGUUUGGGGUAAAUCGAAAGCUCAGAAUUCAUCGGUCCGAACAUCCAAUGAAUCGAAAAUCUCUUCUUCCGCUUUAAAUACAACGUCUUCGAUUAAUAAGGGUAAAGAGACAGAAAAGGAUGUAUUGCCCACUACUCAAAUGAGGGAGAUUAGACCUGCCCAUCCAACUUCAUCCAGGUGGACACCUGUUGCUCCUCCGCCUCCACCACCUAGGUUGACUACUGCUUCAACGUCAAAGACUGCUUCCACCAAUUUCUCUAAAAAUACUCCAGCUUUCUCUAAACCAAUGUCGAUACCGUCAUCUUCUUUGAAAUACGUAUCAACCACAUCAUCCAGUAUAACCCAUUCUACGUCCCUCCCAUCUUUAUCUAUAACCUCAUCAUCAUCAUCAUCUUUGUCAGGCAGCACAAGGCUUUACCCGCCAUUGAACCCACCGAUAUCUCAGCGAUCCGAUGCUAUCGCCAGGUUAUUCCCUGAUCACACUUCUACCUCGGGAAAGAUGACUGCGUCCAUCUCUGAGAAGAACCUGAAAGAGUUGGGUCAGAUACAGAAGAAACGAAGUGGCAGUGUCAAGAGUCUGGUGGACAGCUGGGAAGGUAAGGGGAUUAUGGGUCCGUCCAUAAAGGGAAAGGAGAAGGAGAAGUAA